CGUUUUGUUUUGGUUUAGUAUUAUUUGUGAAAAAUGUUUGGAUAUUUCAUCAUUUAUUAUACAUAAAAUGGAGUAAACUUCCUGAAAACAACGAAGGAAUUAUAACAAGACGGAUACAAAUGUGUAAAUGUACUGUGUUUGUGCUUUUUUACCAGAGCAAUAGUAAAAUAAAUCCUGGAAUUUGUAUACUUCCUAAACAGACUCAACGAAGAGUAAAACAUUAAAAAAAGUCACCAUGGCGUCCGAUAAUUCGCACCGCCAUGAAGGCGGUCCCUUGGAGCGCAGUCAUAUGAAGGAAAUGAUUCUUAGGAACGCCCUGGAGAGCGCCGCGCUGAUCAAGACGUCCAAGCACCUGGAAAGUCAAAGGCGAGCGUUCGUACGUCAGAGCACGCGCGACGAGGACGAGAUGCGCAGUCUGCUGGGUCGUCUACAAAUGGGGCAGCCGUUGGUAACCAAUGGCGACGCCGUCAGCGACUCGGCCCACUACACGUGUACUGAGAGCGUUAACGGCAUGGAUGAAACUGACGGCUAUAUGGACCGGGUAAUCUCAAGCACAACAUCCGAAAUAAAUGGCGUUCCGUUCCAUUCAUGUCAGGAAGUUGCUUCGUCAAAUCCAUAUCCGGUCACCAUAUUGCCAAGAUUUGGUGGAACGCCUUCACGAAAACUGCCUGUGGUCAGUACUCGAGUUCCCAUAUGGUCAAGACGUAAGUCAAUAGAGUAUGAAGAUAUCCAAGAUUCCCUUACUUCUAUGAGAUCGUCUGCUACAUCGUCUGUAAUUUCCACCAACCAACGCGUCUCUGGUUCAACGUCUUGCCUCUUACGCGAGAGCGCAAGAUCAGGCGAUUGGCUGGCCAGUCCGGAAGCCAUUUCGUCCGUCAGGCGCAUGCGCAAAUCGGUCACUUCGCAAGCGCAACGGAAGUUGUUACGAAAACCAAGCACCGACUCGCAAUACUCGAACGAGUCGUUGACUGGUUCCGGAACUUCGUCGCCCCUCUCACGAUCCCGAAAUAACUCGCUUAAAGAGCGAAAGCGACACGAUUCGGUACAUGAUGGCGAGAUUUCUCCCAGAAAUACUAGAUCAUCGCGCCAUGGUGGGUCUCUAAAAGAGCGAAAAAAAAGUCAAACAGACACCGGCAAUAUUAAAAUUCGUAAACCGAUUGCAAGAUCCUACUCAACACUGUCAAAAUCUCCUGGCUAUGGCGACGGAUUCGGGUUCGACAGGGUUUCCGAAAUAUUGAGCACGGACAUAGCGAGAGAUCGACCUGUAGAUAAGUACUCAGACUCAGAAACCACACGGAAUAAAAGCCUGAAGCGAGCCGGGGCAUGUAACAAAGGUCAUCGCGCGGUCUGUCGAGUGUCGAGCAAUGAGUCCAAUAUUUCUAACGACAGUGAUGUGGUUAAUAGCCCCGAAUAAACAUCUCCAAAAGUGUGUGGUAUUUUGAACAGCUCCAAACGUGUGUUUUAUUUAUUUUUUUCAUUUAAUAAUCGUAUUUCAUGUUUUUUCAACCUGGAUUACGUUCAUUUAAUUUACAUAUUUGCAUCUGUGUUUUGAAAUAAAAUGACAGUCACGAGCGUUUAACUUAAUUGACAUUGAACUACAUUAUAACAGACACGCAUAUAUAAUAUAUAUAUUUACAGACAAUAAAGCAGGCGUAUUAAUCAAUCGGAAUGCGGUUGGAGUUAUGUUACUGUUUCAAGCUGUACAUAGAUUGAAUGUCAAAGUCGUUGUCCACACUCUUGUUUUCUUCAAUACACUUCGCUGACCCAUGGUGACACAAAUCUUGAUCAAACGAGUGUGAAUGUUGUUGGCUCGAUUUAUAUUACACUGUGUUUCGCUAAUUUCGUGUAGGCAUUUUACUGCUGCUUAAGUAUCUGUGACAGACAAUUUAAGUUAUAUAAUUGUCAUGAUUGAUUAGCAACAUUUGAGGAUUUAACGUUGGCGUGU